CGCUGGCGCUGUUAUACUGCCAAGUCGUGUCGACGGUCAACGUGCAGUAGCUUGCGGCGGUACGCGUGCAAGACACGGUGCUGUUUUUGGGGUUCAACAGUCAGUCACACGGGUACUGGCCGCUGUACUUUGUCAUUUUAAUCGGCGCAUCGUGCAUCUGCCCGGUUGCCAAGGGUGUACACGGAUCGAUCAAUACAGGUGUUGAACGGUAUACUGCACUUGUGCAAAUGCAUUCUAGGCUCUAAUUCCACAACCUACCACCGUCCCGAAGGCGUCACGUUGGUACGAAACACAAAAUCUUUGGCAACAGCACACAAUUAACGUUACGUUUGGCCUUAGCGACAACGACCGCCACCACACACCGAGAACACAAUAACGUCCAACUGGUCCAACAUGUUAUCCGUCCGCGGAUUGGACCUGGUCAUCACGGCCACGGUGGUUCUUAUCUUGGCGUCAUAUUUUUCAUCGUCCAUAUCCGUCCAUGCAAAGUGCACCAAUUAUGAUACAGCGGAUCAUAACAGUCUGAUAAAAAGGCUAAUGUGGCAAACGGAACCUUGUCGAUAUAAUAGUUUGACAAGGCCAAUACCGGAAAGCGGACCGACGAGGGUCUGGGCCAGAGUGGACAAGUAUAUUAUCCGAAAAUCUUCUACUGCUCGACAGUUGAAUUUAACUCCAGACGUGCUGAUAAAAUUUCGGUGGCGCGACAGCCGUCUGGCGCAUUCUUUAUCCAAUUUGAACGUACGAGGAAAGGACAAACUUAAGCAGCGAAUUUGGACUCCACUCGUUGACAUAGUCAACUACGACACGGACUCAGAUCCCCAAGACAUCCUGGAGACGGUGCAACCGGACGGCACGGUUAUCUAUUCGGCCAGGUUGGAAGUGCCGUCUGAGCUGUGCACGAUGAACUUGGAAAAGUUCCCGUUCGACAAGCAGAAAUGUUCCCUGUUACUGCAGAGUCUGUUGUACAACAAUACUGAUUUGGAACUGUUGUGGGAACACGUUUCGCCGGAGGAGCUCAGGAGCAGCUUAGAAUUUACCCAAUACAACUUGGCGUCGAUUCGGACGACCGUGACGGUCAGCGACCACUACGAAGAAUUGGCUGACAACUACAGCCAGUUGAAAUUAUACUAUGAGCUGGGUCGCAAACUCGGCGUUCACACCGUGGCCUACUACUUCCUGGGUUUUUUUAUGGUAGUCAUGUCUUGGGGGUCGUUUUGGUUGGAGCCGAAUGAAGCCUCCGGCCGCGUUAAUAUAGGAAUCUAUCCGAUGAUGGCGUUAAUCGUUCAGUACUUGUAUUCGGAAAGACUGCAGCCAAUAUUGUUGAACAUCAAAGAAAUAUGGCUCCUCGUAUGCAUUUCAUUUAUAGUCAGCUCUUUAAUGGUGUCUGCGGUUGCGCACUUCAUAUCGCGGCAAAACAAACAAUUCAAACUGACUUUAAUUCCUCAAGUUCUACGAAAGUUGUUAUCCAUCGUUGGUAGCAAAUUGGACAAAUUCGAAUGGAACAGGGGCGUUGACGAAAACGAAAGAAGUACUAUUGCAAGAGCAAACACUGUGGAGCAUGUGAUGACAUCACAAGAAUUUGCAUUAUGGAUGGAUCGACUAAGUCGCGUCCUUUUCCCGGUGGCCUUUCUUCUAUUUAAUUGUAUCUAUUGGUUUUACGUUUAUGUGUAAAUCCACCUAAAAAAUUGGGAUUUUUAACGACAAAAAGAUAAACAGCCAUGUUCAUAUUUCUUAAAAUCGUAUAAAAGGUAGACAGACAAUUACACAUAAAGAACAACAGUAUGUUUUUAACGAAAAUUAGAAAAUUAAUAAUAUAACUUUUAUAACAAUUUAUCUAUUGUCGUUUUUCCCAUUUAAAUAAUUUACUGCUUUUUUAGACUACUUAUCUCAUGUUUGAUUACAUUUUGAAAUCGUUUUUUGCGAAUUCAUAGUCAUAAACAUGGACGGAUGUACGCUCCUUGCCGUGGGCUUUAUGGCUUCGGCACUCACUAAAUCCUAAAUUCAACUGCUAAUUAUAAUACAGCCAUAGCCGUCCGAAAUCCACACUUAUUCAUUCAUUAGUUCAUUUUAAUCAUAUUUUAUAUUGCAUUUAACAGAAAACAGUUAGACUUAAAUUUUUUAAUAUUAAAUACUCGGUAAUUAUUAGCGUCUUGAAUGGUUUAUUCAUAUAUUAUCAGAGUAUUUUUCUUAACCACAUAUAUCUUUAUGCGUUGUCCAUUAAAUGAAAACCGUACAUCGCCGGACUGUCUAUGUUCAUCAUUAUGGAACUUACUGGUAUUAUCAUAUAAUAAGUAAAAUGUGCAAACAUUUUAGUAAUAAGAAAAAAAGUAAACUAAAUCCAUGGAUUACACGACGUAGCUUAAUUCAAUCAUCACUAAGUGGACAAUUUUUAAUAAAACGAAAAUGCAACAAUCCAUUAUAAUAUGUAAUAAAGUAGUUUAUAAAGUAUAGGGAUUUAUUGAAUAAGCUAAUGUAUAUGGCAAAAAACAUAUGUUAUGGUACUAAAAUUAUUAAUUCACGAAAUAAUUUAAAAAUAGUUUGGAAUCUAAUCAAAUAUUAUAUUAUAUUAUAGAAAAGUAGAAAAAAAUGUUAGUGAAAUAAUAGAUGACACAAGGAAGACUGUUGACCUUUCUCAAACUAUUGUCAUGAUGCCCCUUUAAAUCGCAUAAUGCGACUAGUAAAUAAAAAUAAUAUUAAUUUAUUUGUUAAAAACUCGUUAGAAGAUUUUGUUAAUUAUUUAAAUAAUCCAACUGUGUAAAUAUUGUUUAUCUUUAUCUAUUAUUUUGUGUUGUUGAAAUCCAUUGUAUUUGUCAGCUAUUAUGUUAAUCUGUAUACUUUUAUUUUUAUGUAAAUUCUAUGUUUAUGUUC